AUGGACCCGGUCAAGCCCGCAAGGGCCAGUGGUUACGCAACUGAUAAGACGCAAAUGCAAGCUGAUAAGAUAACAUUGUCUGAUAUCCUUGCAGAAAUGUUGACUUUCCGUAAGGAAGUUAAACAGACUAGCAAGGAUAUGAGUGAUAACAUCCAAAAGUAUUCCGACUGGAUCGAGGAUAUAGAUAAGAAAAUGGAGGGUGUCGCGCAGAAAUUGGAUUCUGUUGUAGCAAAUAUAGAUGUUCUGUUUCAAGAAAAUGUAAAUUUAAAAAAGACAGUACACGAGUUGACAAAAAAGGUUAACACCUUAGAACAAGACGCAAAGGAUAAGGUGCUGGAAAUUAACGGGGUACCCUUAAAAAAUAAUGAAGAUGUAAUGGAACUUGUUUCCAAAGUUUCAGAAGCCAUUGGUUUUCAGUUCGAUGAACGUAAGAUAGACAACUGCUAUAGAUACAAACCCGCUGUUCCUGGUUCAAAUGGACCUGCCGGUAUUCAUGUUAAAUUUGUUCGGAAAUUAGAUAUGCAGGAGUUCAUCCGCAAGAGAAGAGAAAAGAGAAAUUUGAACUCUAGAGACCUGGGUUUCAUGGACAAUGAUGCAUCUGUCAUAUACGUGAACGAGGGGCUAACGCAGAAGCGGCGAAAACUACUGAGGGAUGCACGCGUCGCCCGGCGGGAGAAGAACUACACCUACCUGUGGGUAAGCGGCGGCAGGAUACUGAUGAGAAAGGAUCCGGGAAGUCGCGUCGUCCAGAUCAACAGUCAAGAGGAUAUUAAUAGACUGUUGUGA